AUGGAUAGCCUAUCGCUCGCCAUGCAGAAGAACUCUCUUAAAAAUGGAGAUCACCAUGCCGAUGAGCAGACAUCCAUCAAUGGCGCAGCUGACGAUAGUCCGAGCAGCGCCGUGCUCCAGGUCGAGCGCAAUGACUAUGCUGAAGUCGCGCCUUCAAACCGACAGCGAGCCCAGUCCAUGGAGGGCUUCGACGAUUGCUACACAGACAUUGUUGACUACAUUGUCCGAUGCACCCACAAAAUCUGGGAUGAGCGCGACAUUGGCCUGAUCUAUACCCAUUACACGCAUAACUGCAUUCUCUACGGCACAAUGGGCACCAUUUACGACCGUGAAACAAUUGUGCGAGAUACCAUUCAGCGACUGGUAUCGUUUCCCGAACGGCGUGGCAUGGCCACCCAGGUUCUCUGGAGCGGAAACGACAAGGAGGGGUUCUAUACUUCGCAUCUUGUCACUGGGCAUGGGCGACACACACAACACGGGCACUUUGGCCCUCCUACUGGUCGGACUUUUACAUCCCGCACCAUCGCCGACUGCAUGAUCUACAAGAACAAGAUCUAUCGUGAGUGGGUUGUCGCCGACAACAUGGCCAUUGUCAAGCAGCUCGGCCUUGAUGCCCACGCCCUGGCCUACGACACGGCCAAGGCCCUGUUUGACAGGAAUCUCGAGGCUGUCGACAUUGGCGAGAACCGCCGCAUCAUCGGCCAGCAGCUCCCCGGAGACGAGGGCGACACGUCCAUUGCCAACAACGAAAUCGAGGCGGAGACUCUGUCAUGGCUGUACGAAGUCUGGAACAAGCGCAUGUUUGGCCGCAUCAACAAGGUCUAUGCGCAAAACGCGCAAUACCACGGCCCCAAGAUGGUCGAGCUGUACGGCCCCGCCGCCGUUCUUCACCAGCACCUUGCUCUUCUCGGCUCGAUACCCGACGGUGUCUACACGCCGCAGCAUAUCUGCUCCAAUCCCUGUGACGAAGGCGGCGUCAAGGUUGCUGUGCGUUGGAUCAUCGAGGGCCACCUACUCGGCCAUGGUAUUUUGACGGAGCUCGGCAAGCCCAAGGGCCAGAGGCUGCAGGUCAUGGGCAUGACGCACUACCACUACAAAAAUGGCAAGAUUGUCGAUGAGUGGAACGUCUACGAUGAGCUGUCCCUGCUUAUGCAGAUCAAGCUGGCGCAACUGGUUGAGGACAAAAAGGGGAAAUGA